AUGGGUUCUUCAAUCACACCUGAAUACGAAGCUGCAAACGAGCAGUUUGCUGCAACCUUCGACAAAGGAGAUCUUGCACUACCACCCUCUCGUCAAGUAGCUGUAGUGGCCUGUAUGGACGCCCGUCUAGACCCAGCCUCAGUUCUCGGCAUCGAGCUCGGUUCCGCCCAUGUAAUCCGCAACGCAGGCGGCCGCGCCGCAGAUGCUCUCCGAUCAAUCAUCAUAUCACAGCAACUCCUCGGCACCCGCGAGAUAGUCAUUGUCCACCAUACCGAUUGCGGUAUGCUCACCUUUUCCGACCUCGAUCUCAAAACCAAGGUUCGCAAAGAGCUUGAUCAAGACGUUGAUCACAUCGCAUUUCUCCCCUUUGGAGACCUUGAGCAGAGUGUCCGUGAUGAUAUUGCGUUUUUGAAGAAGAGUCCUUUGGUAUUGGAUGUUCCCGUCACUGGUUAUGUCUACGAUGUUAAGACGGGUAAGAUCAACAAGGUCGAAGUAUAG